AUGGACCAACAAAACAGCCUAAAGAUAGAGGAGAUGGGAGAGAAUUCAAACAGUGUUGCUGACAAGGACUGUCUGGCUCAGAGGAAUGGCAGUGUGAGCGAAGGAGACCAGUUGACGACAGAUGAGGAGUGUGGUGGUGUCACCGGUAACUGUGAGAGAGCUAACGUUAACGGAAGUGACCAGUCAGACUGUAACUGUGGGGACUGUAAUGACCUUUACAAGAGUCCACACUAUCCCGCACAAGAGCAGCACACGGAGGAUGUGCCGUGCGACUCCUGCAUCGAGAGCCCGCGGCGGGCCGUGAAGUCGUGCCUCACCUGCCUGGUGUCGUACUGCGAGGCGCACCUGCGGCCGCACCUGGAGAGCCGGCGCUUCCGGAGCCACCGGCUGGUGCCGCCGCAGACGGACCUGGAGCCACGCUGCUGCCCGGAGCACGGGCUGCCCCUGGAGCUGUACUGCCGCACCCACGCCCGCUGCCUGUGCCAUGCCUGCAGGGAGCAGCACGGCCACGGGGGGCGCCACACCCUGCCAGUGGGGGAGGCCCGCAGACUGACUCAGAGCUCCAUGAUGGGCCUGCACGUGGUGCUGGAGCAGCAGUUCUCCCGUCUGCAUGUGGCGGUGGACAGGGCCAGGGAGGAGGUGCGGGAGGCGCUGGACGGGGAGCUGAAGCGGGUGACGUGCCAGGCGGAGGGCGUACGGGCACACCUGCAGCUGAGGAUAAGCCAGCUGAAGAGGACCCUCGUCUUGGGGGAGAAGAUCAGCAACAGCAAAGAUGAUGUGGACUUCAUGCAGGAGUACUGUGAGUGGCUAAAGGACUCGGCGGACACCGAUUUACCUGGAGUUUAUAUCAGUCUGCCCGACCGGCUCAGUCCCUUCAGACAGGCCCUCCUGGACACCACACUGGUCGCCUACAGACACCAGCUCGCUGACCUGUGCCAAAGAGGCCUCAGUGCUCAAGAUCCUGAGCCAGUGACUCGCAGUGACUUCCUGAGAUAUGCAACCAGUUUAAAAUUCGACAUUGACUCAACGCACCAGUUCCUGAGGCUGACCGAGGGGAAUACCCGGAUGACCAACACCACCCCCUGGCAGCACUGCUACCCCGAGCACCCCGAGCGUUUCGAGCACUGGCGCCAGGCCCUGGCAUGCGAGAGCCUCUUCCUGGGGCGCCACUACUUCGAGGUGGAGCUGAGCGGCGAGGGCGCGUUUGUGGGCCUCACCUACAAAAGCAUCAAGCGGAAGAGCGCCGACCGCAGCGGCUGCAUCACGGGCAACACCUUCUCCUGGAGCCUGGGCCGGAGCAGCAGCAGCCGAGGGCUCUCCUGCUGGCAUGCAGGCGAGGAGAUCUGCCUGCAGGGGGAGCCCUUGAGCCAAGUCGGGGUGUAUGUGGAUUAUCAAGCCGGCGUCGUAGCCUUCUACGGUGUGGCCCGGUCCAUGACACAGUUGCAUAAAUACAGCACGCGGUUCUUGGAGCCGCUGUAUCCAGCCUUCUGGCUCUCGAAGAAGGAUGAUGUCGUUUGUCUCCUGAGCCUAGCUGAGAACUGA